AUUCCAGCAAAAGGCAGGCCUUCCUCUCCAGCGUUGCUUCCUGGUUUCCCCUCCCCGACUCCGCUCCUUACGGCAAGGAGAAACCAGCAAGCAAAGUCUUCCUUCCCGCGUGUGUUUAAACGGUGGGGCUGACUUACAAGUAAGUCUUCUGCUUCCCUCUACUCUCCUGCUCUUGAUUCCUCCCUCCCCCUUCGUAAAUAAACCUCCUGUGUUUCAGUUGAUCUGCUUUUAAGUGCAAAGUGUGCUUCUCUCCCAGAUGUUGAGCGUUCACAGCUCCCUGGAUCUGCUGCUGAUGUUGGCUGCUUUCCCUCCCCUGCACAAACAAAAACCCUUAGUUUUCUGGGUUUGCUUUGGUUUGGUUUGGUUUUUGCUGCCACUGCUGUACAAAAUACAGAAAACUAAGCUGGAGGGCAGCCAACACUCCCUCCUUUCCUCUUCCUGAACUGUAUUUUGUUUUAAACUGUAUAUUGAGUGAGAGAAGUCCCAUAUGCAACAGCAAUGCAGUUUAUGUAAGUCCGCUCACCCCUCUUGGUGCGGCGGCGUUGUGGGACAGCAGAGGCUUCCCAGGGGCUCCGGUGUUAGAACUGGAACUGUCAUGCCCUUCCUGAUAGGCAGGGGGCAGCAGAAGCCCCCACCGCCUAUCAGGAAUCAGAUCCUAGCCUGCACCCUGCUUUGGCAAAUGGGGAUGCAGGCUGGGACUUGGGCUGUGACAGGGCGAAGCUGAUGGAGUUGAUGUUGGGCUUCCCUCGGAUCCGCCCCUUGCCCAUUUAAGCAGCCCGCACCUGGGGCACUACCUGCUCCUUCCCUCGUUGGUUUCCCCCACCCACCUACCCUUGGUUUAAACUGAUAGUCAGUGACUUUGCUGUGGCCACAGUGGUCACCGUCCUUUAAGGGGCCAGGUAGGAAUUUGCCCACCAGGCUAAUUGGCACUGACCUGGUGGUUUUGCCUACCUCAUAGCAAUCAUCACAACUGGUUGGGCAUUGGGGCAAUCCUUUGUUUUAGAUGGAGGGGAGGUUGUAGUCUUUGCCUGCCCCUCCAAACACUGGGGUAUCCCAUUAAAGAGAUCUGGGGGGAGUGGCCAUGUCCGUGUGCCCAGGUGGAACCAGGGCCGAAAGCACUCCCGCAGAUGGCAGUCCCUGUGGGGGUCACCCUAUGGAUGGUCACCUUAGGAACCCCUGCCUGGACUGACCACGCGUCACUUUCAGCAGGCGAGCCGGAAGUAUUUACCAUAUUUUCCCAUGUAUAAGAUGAUUUUUUAAAAAAAUAAAAUUGUGGGAAGGACAGGCAAUUGGUGGCAGCCACGAGCAGGAGAUUGUCAGUGGCGAUUGGGCAGUUGAUUGGUGGCUGAGUCAAGGCCUGCUGAUGAUUAGCUGCUGCUGCGACAUAUAUUGGUGGCUUUGGUGAAGCGUGCAAUUGGCAGCGGUGGUCAGGUGGGUGCGAGAUUGGCGGCAAUCCCCACCCCAAAAAAAGCUUAACAACUCUGAGCAAUCACUACCCAUUUCCUUAAUUUGGGGCCUUAUACACGGGGGGGGGGGGUUAUACAUGGAAAAAUAUGGUAGAUUGCCCCAUGCCCAAGCCAAACCUCUUUCAUCUCUAUUCGAUAAAGUUGUGGCUUGUUUUGACUCCAAACCAGUCUUAUUGGUCUCUUAUUUAUAUGGGUUGGGAUAUGAGGAGCCUGUUGCCUGAUCCCACAGUAGUAACUACUCCCACAGUAGUUAACCUCCAAAGAUGCACUCCUUCACUGUCUCCCAAGACAGGCAGAUGCCAUCAACAGUUGUUUGCUAUAAGAAAUAAGCUUGACUCUGACGUCUGUGUGUAGGACCCUUAACAAACUACAAUCCUUGGAGUGCAAUUUUCAAAUUCACUUCAGGUGCCACAAUGACCUAAACACACCCACACACCCUUGCUUACAAGGACUGACCAAGCUCAGCAUUUGAGAAUGCUUUCAGUUUGAAUCAGGAAGAGUUGUAUUCAAAUCCUUUGUCGGUCAUGAAGUUCACUGUGCUUCGAAUUCACAGGAAAGAGGUGAGGAUAAAGUGGUUGAAAACUACCCAGUUUGGCAUGGAAAGCUUAGAGGACCUACCAGUCAGGAAGUGAGACAGUAAUUUUUAUCUUGAGAACAGAAUAACCACAGGAAACUCCUGACUCCAGCCAGAUGAAACCAAGCCUAGUGAUUAAGCGUCACAACAAAACAAUCUAUACAGGAUUUAUGUUGCCCUGAGCUCUUCAUGGAGAAUCCUGGGAACUGUGGCUCAGUGAGGUGAGCACCUCUGACAAACUACAGUUCUCAGGAUGACUGUUAAAAUGGUAUAAGAGUGAUUUAAAUGUAUGGUGUGGAUGUAAACAGACUGGAAAUUCCUGCAAUGUGUUUUUGAUACAUUAGGUUAGAGCUCACUCUGUCCUGGUGAAGCGAGGUCAAACCACAUGCGGUGGUGGAGAUUAGUGAUCUGAUCCACAUCUUCUUUUCAUGUUAAGCAGAUGAAAGGAACACCAAACUUGAUCUGGAGAGAGGGGUGUUUCACUUUUCACUAUGCUGUUUUCCUGAUCUAUUUAUUUUUUUAAAACCAUGCAAUUAAUCAAGAUGACAGUGAUAGGAUGAGGGAGUUGCACAAGCCUACAUUUCCCUGCCAUGGGGCAACCAGGAGGCGGGCUAUAAUCAAAUCAGGGAAAUGGCAAGGGGGAAAGAGUUAAAGCACAUAUUCUCCCAGGGCUGCAGCUGUGCAUAGGCUGCUUUAAAGUAAAAAAUAAAUAAAUGGGGAGAUCUUAUCACUGUUCUCCAGCAACAUGUGCGGUUUGCCUCAUAAGAUAUGCAAAAAUGUGUUGCUGAGGGUGGUAUGCAGAAACACAGUGUCAAUUGGCUGCUGUCUGUCACCCAAUACCUGCUCAAACAGAAAGGUUUCUUGAUGCUUUGUACCUCCAUCAGAAGAGAACUGUGGGCCUGUUAUAGGUAAUGUUCCUUGAUAUUUGAGCUUGGUGUCCUUUCUCCUUUUGAUAUUCUGCCAUUAUUAAGAAGAUGCACUUCAAUAGUCUUAAGAAUUUCAAAGUGCGUACAGGGAUGUAAUCUUUCUCUAGAGCAGAGGUGGGCAAAUCAGGAUCUACUCUUUGUACACACAUUUUGUUUUUAUUUUUAUUCUAGAACCAAUGGAGACUUGUCUCCCCCCCCACACACACACACAUAGUCCACACGCUGUCUAGAUCUAUUGCAUAUUUUGUGCCUCUGAAAAGUGUGUCUUGAGAAGCUCAUUGCAUUCUGGAAAUAAAAGCUGACUGCAGAUUGAUUCUGUAUUACUCCACAGCCUGUCCAUUUAAAAACAGGUGAAUGAAUCCACAACUGCUCAAUGAUGUGGGCAUAUAACAAUAUCACAACCUCCACAUCCUUCUUCUGGGGCAUUUGCAGGGAGGAAAAGGGUUUUUUCAAAAGCACACACACACCCCUGUGGGCAGCAGGAUCUAGAAUCAAUCUUGACUGAAAGCAGCAUGCUAGAUGGAGAAAAACUACAUUUUUUGUGCUACAUAUAAGUUAGUGUGUAUCAAUCAAAGAGAUACUGGAAGAUGCCUUAUUGGUAUUGCAGAAAACCAGUAAGGUUUCUGUCUCUCAAUUGCUGAACCACUGCAGUGACAAAAUGACUUGUUCUUAGGCUGCCAAAAUGCGGGGCUUGUAACCAGGCGUGGACUUCCGUGUCGGAAAGGACUGUGAACUUAGUUCAGUUCUGGAAGUGAAAGCAAAUUCCUAGGCUCAGGAUAUGAUCAAAGGCAUCCUGUUCUGUAAUUCCAGCUGCCUGUAUUUUGCAUUUGGUUGGUUGGUAUAGCUGGUAUUUUAGCAAAAGAUGGAGUAGAUUUGGCUAGCCUGAAAUUUGUGUGUCCAUAAUGUGUGUGUGUGUGUGUGUGUGUGUGUGUGUGUGUGUGUUUAACAUUUGCAUCUGCUAUAUAACAUGUACUAGAAUCCUUGGGCUCCUCCAGACAUCCUUUUUAUUGCACAUUCACGCUGAUUUGUGUUCAUGACGCUAUUGGAGCUGUCAUAUGCGAUCCCACUUUUAAUACUGUUUGCACCUGUAAAGUGUUGGGGGUGGUCACACAGCUUCAUUUCUAAUAGUGCAUACCCUGUAGUUUCUUGCUAACACCCCAUAACCCUUUAAACCACAAAUAUUCUGGUUUAUUUUUGUCCUCCUCUUGUUGCGCUAUAGCUCCACCAGACCCUAAUAAUGUCUUAGCAUUGGGGACACAUUGCAGAAUGAAUCCCCCACUAAUGGGCUAUUAUUGUGUCAAUAACAUCUUACAGAAUACACUCACAAUAAAACACCAGUCUGGAGGGCCGCCUUAUGUGGCGGUAUCAGCAGACAGGCCCAGCUAUUGGAAAAGAAGGGAUAUUUGUCCAAAUUGUUGAGUUUGCAUGAGGCACACCUGAUAUCUCAAAUGUAUUCGUUUAUCCCAGCCUAGAACAUCUUGAGCUUUGCCUGCUGAUUCUCUAGUAGACUACACCAUAUCAACAGCUCCUCAUGUCCGUCAAUAAACCCAGCAGCACCCAUUGGCCUCGUUUGUUCUGGCGUGUUGAAUAUCUCUCAUGCACUACAUUCCCAAUAUGCCUCCCUUCGUGCUUUUGACUGAUGCUCAUUUAGAUGGCUGCGUUAUUGCAGCAAGAUUUAGCAACUUUUACAGAGGUUUUGUCCCCUUCCACCUCAUUGCUCAACACAAACCAUGACGUCAGUCUCUCACCCACGCAGCCAGCCAACACCCAAAGUGCCAUCUUCAGUCACUGCAGUUGAAAGCUGGGAUAAGUGAAGCCAAGUAUGUAUAGUGUAUGGUUCGAUUCAGCUGAAGGAAAACAAGAAAAAAAUAUUCUGAAUCUCAGAAGCCAGAACAGCAAGAGGGAUCGCUGCACAGUGAAAGCAGCAGUCCCCCUUGCUGUUCUGGCUUCUGGGAUAGCUGCACAGCCUGCAUUCGCUCCAUAAGACGCACACACAUUUCCCCUUACUUUUUAGGAGGGAAAAAGUGAGUCUUAUAGAGCAAAAAAUACGGUGUGUGUGUGUGUGUGUGUGUGUGUGUGUAUGUGUGUAUAUAAAAGUUUUUUUAACAUAUCAUUUUCAACAGUAAUUAAACAUACUUUUACAUCUUAUUCAAAUUUUUGACUUCCAUCAAUCCUGUCUGAAAAUUUUCCAAUCUAAUCUCUCAGUAUGCAUUUCUUAUCUUCCCUAUUACAUUUCAAACUCAUAACCAAUAUCUCUAUCUUUUUCUCCUUUGUAACACUUCGUAUAUUUCUCCUUACAAAACUUCUUGUAGUCCUACUAGUGUAAUUUGUUGAUUACAGUUGCUCUUCAAAUAAUUCAUAUACUUCUUCCAAUCUUCUGUAAAUCUCUGUAAACCCGCAGGUUUCGAAUCCUUCCUGUCAUUUUGUCCAAUUCUGCAUAGUCCAUUAAUUUCGUCUGCCAUUCUUCUUUUGUCGGAAUUUCUUCUUGUUUCCAUUUCUGGGCUAACAAUACUCUUGCCGCAGUUGUUGCAUAUAAAAACAAUUUAACAUCUUGCCUAUUAAUGUCCGGACCUAUAAUACCAAGUAAAAAUGCUUCUGGUUUUUAAAAAUAUAUAUAUUUUUACAAAUAUACAAAUGUACAUUGUUAUAUAUGACUUCCUGUCUUCCCUGUCUGUGUUUCUCAGGUGAGCGAACCGCAGUUGACGUAUCAAUGAACGGAAGCCCUGCCAGCAAUCCUUCCUAUGAAAGCCAGCCCUCAGUCGAGAUCAGGAGAUGAGAUGGGGCAGGGAAGCUUCAUGGGGACACUGGUACUGUUGCUUGUCACCCUCAUUGGGGCUGUCAGAGGAGCCACGCUGACUCUUCCUCGCCCAUCAAACGUGAGUUAUACCCUCAAUGAAACACGCUGCCAGUUGGAUGUGGUGUGGACUCCUGUAAGAAUGGAAGGUGCCUGCGAUGUAAAGUAUCGGAGUGCUAUAAGGACCGGUGGAGUUUGGGUCGUGGAGCGUAUUCAUAGAAACCACUCCCGGACAGUGCAGGUACCUCUGGGUAAAGAAGUUGUUUUCCGAGUCAGAACGGAAUGUCAGCAAGAACAGAGCCAGAAAGGAGAGUGGCUUAAUAUCUCUCUUCCACAAAAUGGUGUUCCAGGUACAGGAGCGGUUAAUGUCAGCUGUAUCUGGCAUAUGGAGAGAUCCCUGGAGUGCUCAUGGCUUCGUGGAGAGAAUGCAAGUCGCGACGCAAACUACAGCUUGACUUUGUGGAUCCCAGAACUCAGAAGAGAGCAGCCAUGCACAAAUUACACAAAGAAAGGUGGUGCCUUUCGAUGUGCAUUUGACUUGAAAUAUGAAUGGAUAGAACUUAGCAUUUCAUUACAAGGCAAUUCCAAGGACAUUCAACCUGUGUGUAUCCUUAGCAAAAUGUCGGGAGAAGUUGGAUUUCCAGUCAGACUGAAGACUCCAUCGAUUGUAAACAUCACAAAGAACAAUGGAGGUGUUUUUUUGAACUGGACUAAACCAUCCCUAUGGAGCGGCAUGAACUAUGAAGUAGAAAUUAAUAACUCUGGAUCAGAGAUACAGCAAACUCACAAUACUAAUAUAUCAAUCAGUCUCAAGCCUAAGGCACGCCACACUUUUCGAGUGAGAGCAAAGUUCUACAUUAGUGGGGAAAUCUGGACCAGUGAUUGGAGCGAGGUGGUGGACUGGGAUGAGAGAGACCACACAUUAUAUAUCCCAUACAUUCUUGCUCCGUUAUGUGUAGCCGUCCUGACUGUCGUUUUUCUCAUUUACCGGAAACGGAUUAAAGAGAUGAUUCUUCCUACAAUUCCUGAGCCUAGAAACUUCCUGGAACAAAUGUUUGACGGGGAAAGUGAAGACUAUUCGAAAGUAAAAUCUGUCCCAGAAGACCCCAAAUUAAGCUGAGCAAAUCCAUUUGAUGGUAUUCAUGCAGCCUUCUUGAGCGGGACGUGGGUGGCGCUGUGGGUUAAACCACGGAGCCUAGGACUUGCCGAUCAGAAGGUCAGCAGUUCAAAUCCCUGUGACGGGGUGAGCUCCCGUUGCUUUGUCCCUGCUCCUGCCAACCUAGCAGUUCAAAAGCACAUCAAAGUGCAAAUAGAUAAAUAGGUACCGCUCUGGCGGGAAGGUAAACGGCAUUUCCGUGUGCUGCUCUGGUUCGCCAGAAGCGGCUUAGUCAUGCUGGCCACAUGACCCGGAAGCUGUACACCGGCUCCCUCGGCCAAUAAAGCGAGAUGAGCACCGCAACCCCAGAGUCAGUCACGAAGAAGAGAAGAGAAGAGUUUGGAUUUGAUAUCCCGCCUUUCACUCCCUUUAAGGAGUCUCAAAGCGGCUAACAUUCUCCUUUCCCUUCCUCCCCCACAACAAACACUCUGUGAGGUGAGUGGGGCUGAGAGACUUCGAAGAAGUGUGACUGGCCCGAGGUCACCCAGCAGCUGCAUGUGGAGGAGUGGAGACGCGAACCCGGUUCCCCAGAUUACGAGACUACCGCUCUUAACCACUACACCACACUGGCUCUCUACCCCACGACUGGACCUAAUGGUCAGGGGUCCCUUUACCUUUACCUUUAUGCAGCCUUCUUAGGGGAGCCAACCUGAAUAAAUUAUUGUGGGGGCUCAGGUAAGCCCCACCCUGCAUAAUCGAUCACAAGACAUGGCGAGUGCACACCAUUUGAAUGGCAAUGCCCAUCAACUUUGGGGGUGGGAGCCCCCUCAAAUAUUUUAUUGGGGGCACUGAAGGGACCUUGGCCUCUUAAGAGUUGGCUCCUAUGCUUCACAUUAUGGGAUCUGAGGAGAGCAGAUGACGCUCCUUGCCUGAAAUGUUUUCUGAUCUUUAGGGACAGUGAGUGAUGCUCCUAGCUGAUGAACCAUCUCAAUCAGCUGGUGGACAAUUUUGCUGCCCUGGGUUCCUUCAGGAGGAAAGGCGGGAUAUAAGUUCAAUGAACAAAAUAGUCUCCCAAAUCGUUAGCCUGAGGGCGAGGGCAUGUCCUCUGGUAAUGGAAGGGAACGACUUGAAAGAAGGAGAGAAAGAAUAGAGAGCACAGCACUCCACCAGACGUCCCUAUCCUGAUGCCCUUCUGAUCUUGCUGGACUACAAUUCCCAUUAUCCCUGCCCAACAGCCACACGCUAGUUGGGGCUGAUGGGGUUGUAGUCCAAAAUACCUGGAUGGCACCAAGUUGGGGAAAGAUGCACCAUAGUUAUGUGCAUCUUGUUGUGUACAUUGAAAGAAAUUGGGGAGUGCUCUUUGGUGGCUAGGCAGGGUGUUCAUGGGAUGUCUCCAGCCCUCCAGGUGUCAGGAGAACACAGCACACCUGUCUUGUUGCGUAGUUGGCAAGCAAGUGUUGCAGGUCAGCGUGGGCGAGGUGAUUCAUGUCCACAAAUGUGUCAAUUAGCAAACUUGGACAACUAAUCUUUGCCUCCUCCAAGUGGUUGGAGUGGGUAGCUGCAGUUCCCUCAUCUUGAGGUUGUUAGAAUGGGUUGGUCUUUUAAAUGAAAGGACUGGUGUUCUGCUGUCCCUCAAGGCAGAUGGUUUAAGUACGCCUUCACCCUGGUAUGGCUCUCCUUCAUCACAUACACAGCUCAACAAGACAAUGACAAAAAUCCACCAACAGCAUACAAAUCAAUAUGGCUAGCCUGACCCAAAACACCCACCCACCCCCACUCGCACUUGAAAACAAAGAUCACCACAGCCAAUCACAAAUGAACAACCACACCCUAGGCCAACCCCAACCUCUCUCACCACCAAAAGAACACAAGUGAACAGCAGAGAACCUGCACAAGCGACGCUGACACAAAACCCCACAUAAGUAAAGUAGAAACAUCGCCACCCGACCCCACCCCCACUCACCUCUCCACCUCUCCACCCCUUUUCUUCCUAAUGUCUCAACAAACAAAACUGAUCUGUAAAAAAAUGUUACUUGAAAGAGAGAGAUUGCACAUACUUUUGUAAACCAAGAAAAUCUUUAAUAAAAAUACAUUUUUUUAAAAAAAGGAACUCUCUAUACAAUAGGUUUAUGUGGACACCACCUAGUGGGCAAAUGGGAAAAGUGAUUCUUUAGAAAAGUUGGAACUGAGCAUGUUCUAUGCCUGUGAUUACGGGAAUAAUUCGAAAAUGGACACCAGACUGAGAACUGUGUCAAAACAAACCAAGAAAUAAAACCAGCUAUUUUUCCAUCUUCCUGGUGUGGUCUAUGUACAUUAUACUCUCAGCUAUGCUCUGUAGAUCAGGGCCUAGUUUAUACACUAGGAUGAGACUCUCUAGCAAAAAAAAUCACCGAACACAUAAGAGUUUAAAAGAAAAUGCCUG